AUGUCAUCCAAAAAAAGUAAAAUUGAUCAUGUUUCAAUUGUAAAAAAAACAAAAUCUCAAUUGAUAAAUAUUUUACCAAACGAAAUAUUAAUUUUGAUUUUAUCAUUUGUUUUUCCUAAAGGGGUGUCUUUGUUUGAUCGUGUUUCCGGAUUCAGACAAUUGAAGACUGUUUCUAGAUUGUGGAAUGCUCUCUGUAAGAAAAUUCCCAAGAUCGAAUAUUGUCUGAUGAAAAAAUUUAAUUUUUAUGAGCAUAAACUACCGGAAUUUAUUCCCUACGACUUGAUCAUAACGGAAUAUGGUGUCUACAUUUCCUUUUCAUUUGAAGGAAAAGAUGAGCUAGCGGAGGUAAAAUUUAGCAAUGGUAUUUAUGAUUAUGGGAGUUAUUUUGUAUCUUUACCUCAAUAUAUGCAAUCUAUAUACGAUGGACUCUUUUUUCUUGUGGACACAUCUAUGAUCACCGAGAAUUUUUUGAAGACGGUUUGUAAUGAUUGUAAGAAAUUAACGUACACUGCAAGGUAUCUGAGACUUAUUAGGAGCGAUUAUGAGUGUAAUAUUGAUGAAUGUGAUUGUUAUCUCGCGGGUGAAAUAUUUGGUGUUAAAUCAAGGAAAAAACCUAAUAAACCAAGAGUUAAAAAGCGAACAGCUCCUCAAAAGACAACACCAAAAAAAAGAAUUCCUCAAGACUGUGUUGUGAUGCCCAAAGUAAAGAAGGAUAAAAUUGAGAUAUUGACGCGAAAAAAAGAGGAAGUGACUAGAAAAGCAAAGAGUCAAAAGGCUAUGAUGAAAGGUUUAUUUUCACUUGAUCCUCUCUGGGUGAUUCAUUUUUAUGACAAUAUCGAGAAGACUGCGAGGUUAAAAUUUGAAAAAAGCAUUGAUGAUAAGAAAAUAAUAGUCAGGAGAGUAAAGAAUAAAAUAGAAUCUGAAAUAGAGUCUGAAGGGGAAUCUACGGAAGAAUCCGAGUCAGAAUCUGAGUCACCAAACGAGAAGAAAAAACCUGAACCUGAAGGGAAAAAGUUAAGCGCAUACAAUCUUUACGUUCAGAAGGAAUAUAAUAAACUGGUAGAACAAGGGUAUAAAAAUGAUGAAAUAUUGAAAAAAAUAGCCAAGCAAUGGAAGAAUAGUUUUGAAAAUCCCAAAAAUGUAUAA